AUGUUUCCCUUCAAGGUGAGCAAAUGGAUGGGGCUGGCUUGCCUCCGGUCUCUGGUAUUGUCCUCACCCAGUAUUCGUCAGAAGAAACUAAUACACAAGCUGCAAGAGGAGAAGGCUUUUCGAGAAGAGAUGAAAAAUUUCCAUGAGAAAAUAGAAGACUUCAGGGAAGAGAUAUGGGAUUUCCGGGGCAAGAUUCGGGCCUUCCGGAGCCAGAUCCUGGGUUUUCGGGAAGAAGAAAGACCUUUCUGGGAAGAAGAGAAACACUUCUGGAAAGAGGAAAAAACCUUCUGGGAAAUGGAAAAAUCUUUCCGGGAAGAGGAAAAGACUUUCUGGAAAAAAUACAGAACCUUCUGGAAAGAGGACAAGGCCUUCUGGAGAGAGGACAAUGCUUUAUGGGAAAGAGACCGGAAUCUUCUUCAGGAGAACAAGGCCCUAUGGGAGGAGGAAAAGGCCUUGUGGGUAGAGGAAAGAGCCCUGCUUGCAGAAGAGAAGGCUCUGUGGGAGGAUAAAAAGUCUCUCUGGGAGGAAGAGAAUGCCCUCUGGGAGGAAGAGAAAGCCCUCUGGGUGGAAGGUGGUGGCUUCCAAAUCCUUGGGGAGCAGAGGCCCCAAAAUGGUCUGUACAAUGUCAAUGAAGAGCCGCAGUCAACAGCCUUCCCCCGUGGCCGUGCAUAG